AUGGUACGCGUGAAGAUCAAAUCUAUACAUACCUCAUUUACAUCCGAGUUUGAAUGCCAGUUGAUGCCGGUAAUUACUGAAAAUUUACCGCAAGUUUAUGUGGACACCACGAUAUGGAAUGUUCCCAGACACAUUAAACUCGCCGAUCCGACGUUCAACACUCCUGGGAGCAUAGAUCUACUUAUUGGAGGAGCGCUGUUUUGGCAGAUACUAUGCAUGGAGCAAAUAAAACUUCAUAACAAGCUACCUACUCUACAGAAGACUAUGUUGGGAUGGGUAGUAGGAGGAGAGAUAGUAGGUCGCAAUACCGUAAGACAACCGCAAACGUGUCACUUACUUACCAAAUUGGACAAACAACUCGAGAAAUUUUGGAUCAUCGAGAAAGGGACGGAACAACCACAUCUAUCAAAACAAGAGCAAUAUUGCGAAGAGUUUUUUAAGAAGACUGUACGUCAGAACGCAGAAGGAAGAUACAUCGUUCGUCUACCGAGAAAUGAGGCUACGAAAAUAGGAUCAUCAGAGGAGUUUGCAAUGAGACGCCUAUACUCGAUGGAAAAUAGAAUCGAGAAACAACCUGAUAUAUGGAAGGCUUAUAACGAAUUUAUGACCGAAUACGAAGCUAUGGGACAUAUGACGCCAAUACAAAGGACAGAUAAUUCGACGGAAGAAGAGGCCUUCUACCUACCACAUCAACCGGUCAUUCGGACAACGAGCCUGACAACAAAGCUUCGAAUCAUUUUUGAUGCGUCGGCCAAGACAUCAAACGGGACUUCACUAAACGACAUGCUACUGAUAGACCCCAAUCUGCAGGGCGACUUACGGAGUAUUAUGUUACGAUUUCGAUGCCACCAGUAUGUCAUGACUGCCGAUAUAGCUAUGAUGUUUCGGCAAGUUAUGGUGUCAGAAGAAGACCGACAUCUACAGCGAAUACUUUGGAGAGAAGACUCUGAUCAGGCCGUUCAGACGUACACGCUGAAUACCGUCACAAAUGGCACGGCAUGCGCACCAUACCUAGCAAUGCGAUGCUUACGGCACCUCGCGGAAGGAGAAAAGAAGAACUAUCCAGCAGCAGCCAAGAUUCUAGAAGAUGACUUCUACAUGGAUGACGUAUUGACCGGUAGUGAUACGAUAGAAGGAGCGGCAGCUUUGCAAAAGGAACUCUCAGAGUUGCUGGCAAGAGGACAAUUUCCGUUACGCAAAUGGCGAUCAAAUGAUUCAAGAGUACUACAUCAUCUAGCGGAAGAUCGAAAAACGGACGAACUUUUUGUUCUGGAUAAGGAAGAACCGCUGAAGACACUGGGUCUUCUCUGGAAUUCAAAUCAAGACGUUCUGCAAUACAAGGUCACGGUGACUAACAAUCAAAAAAUGAGUAAACGUAACAUUUUGUCACAAAUUGCAAGUAUCUAUGAUCCUCUAGGUUUAAUUGGGCCAAUACUCAUUACGGCAAAAAUCACAAUGCAGCAACUCUGGAAGAUAAAAUUAGGAUGGGACGAGAUAGUAUCAGACGAGAUAUCAAGGGCCUGGACGAACUACUAUGGAGAUCUACCGGAGCUCAAUAAUCUGAGAAUCCCGCGAAACGUCAACCCACUAAAUGAGACGCAAGAAAUUGACCUUCAUGGAUUUGGAGAUUCAUCCGAGAAAGCAUAUGGGGCAUGCAUUUACUGCACAUAUAAAUCAAGAGACGGGGCAAUCAAGUCAUUUUUGCUCUGUUCGAGGGCACGUGUAGCCCCUCUUAAAACUAUUUCUCUGCCAAAGCUUGAGCUUUGCGCUGCGCUCUUGCUUACGAGACUUUCUGCAAACGUACAAAAGGCGAUGCAAGGAAAAAUAAGAAGAAUCUACCUUUGGAGUGAUUCGACUAUUUUCUUGUGCUGGAUCAAGACACCCCCCUACGAGUUGAAGACGUUCUACGCAAAUCGAGUAGCUGAAAUACAGCAGCUGUUACCGCAAGCGGAGUGGAAUCAUGUAGGAUCGGAGCAGAAUCCUGCGGACUUGCUGUCGAGAGGAAUGGCCGUACAGGAGUUUACACGAAAUCAAUUAUGGUGGUAUGGUCUACAAUGGAUAACCAAUCCAGAGUGUUGGCCGAAAAUGCCGCUUAAACCAGUAGAGGAUGACCCGGGUAGGAAAGCGCAGAUGAUCUGUCUUUCCGUACAGAAACAUUACGACAUUUUGUAUAAGUAUUCGGUGUUUUCCAAACUUCUGCGUGUAAUAGCUUAUUGUCUGUGUAUAGCGUAUUGUCUACGAUUCCGAAGUAAGCCUAAGGGGGAUCGGAGACUCAAGGGUUUGACUGUAGAAGAGUUGGAUGAGGCUAAAUUCGUAAUACUGCGCUUGGUGCAGGAGGAGCAAUUUGCCGACAAACUAAAGGACUUACAACGAAAACAAGCAGUUGACAGUAAAAGUUCACUAAAGCAACUCAAUCUAUUCAUCGACAACAGAGGAAUAAUCAUAGUAGGCGGAAGAUUGCGCCAUUCGGAUAUUCCAGAAUCUCAGAGACAUCCCAUUGUUUUGCCCUCCAGGCAUCACAUAACAACUAUCAUCUUGAGAGAACAACAUACAAAACUACGGCAUUGCGGUCCGCAACAACUGCUGUGUGUGACGCGCCUUGAAUAUUGGCCUUUAUCAGGAAGAAGAGAAGCGAGAAAGAUCACUCGUGCAUGCACUAAGGCAGUUCACUUGGAGCUGGUCAGUGGUCUUGACACUGAAGCCUUUAUGGCUGCACUCCGACGUUUCUCAGCAAGAAGAGGAACUAGCUCCCACAUAUAUUCAGACAAUGGCAGUAAUUUUAUCGGAGCCUCCAAUGAGCUUAAGGCAAUGUACGAAUUCCUAAGAAGAGAAGGGGAGAACAUUGCAACAAAUUUGGCAAUGCAACACAUAUGCUGGCAUUUCAUUCCACCUCACAGUCCGCAUUUCGGUGGACUAUGGGAGGCCGGUGUGAAGAAAAUCGAAGGGAUCCUUAACUCUAGACCACUUACUCCUAUGUCAUCAGACCCGAAUGAUUACGCGGCUCUCACUCUUUCACAUUUCAUUACUGGCGAUUCCUUAUUAAGACCUGCAGUAGAGAAUUAUCUUGAUGUACCUGAUAUGCGGCUCUCCAGAUGGCAACAUUUGCAGAAGAUUCGACAACAUUUUUGGCAAAGAUGGCAGCGCGAAUACCUUCAGCAGCUUCAGGUUCGAACCAAGUGGGGUACAGGAAAACAUAAGAUGGAAGGUGGAUCUCUGGUCAUUUUGAUGGACGAGAAUCUACCAACUUUGCAAUGGAAAUUGGGCAGAAUAACCGAGCUUCACCCUGGAUCAGAUGGGCUAACGAGAGUAGUCACAGUCCGCACAAGUGCUGGGUCCUAUAAGAGAGCAGUGAAGAAGUUAUGUGCUCUUCCGGACGAGGUACCAGAUUAA